GUUUAUUCUGGUCUAACAGAACUUCAGCAGCAUGUCUUGAGGAGAUUCACUGAUUCUAAGUUUACUUCUGAAAAAUAGCAGUCCUCUCACUGGGAUCUCACCAUGGAUGUGGCCGACGUGCUCAUAGAUAAAAUAUUUAAGUGGUUGAAGCUCCAGAAAAAAGGUGCAAGGAAGUUUAACCAACUGGCCAAGGAGCUGGAGGACACCAAGAAAGGCUGCAACAUCAGCAAAGUUGUUGGCAGCUCGGUGUCUGUAGGAGGAGCGGCAGCCAUGACAAUUUCUGGAGCAAUUGCCCUCGCGACUGGAGGAGCUGCGAUCCCGUUUCUUUUCACUGCAGGAGCCGUGGCUUCUGGGCUUGGUCUGGCCACUAAUGUGGCAUCAGAUGUCACGGACAUUACUGUAACGAGUCUAAACAUGAAAGCAGCUAAAGAGAUCGGUGAAAAAAUUGAGAAUCUUGAAAAGGGGAUUGAGAAAUUGAUGGGAACACUGAAAGAGGAAGGAGAGAGGAGGGAAAAACAGGCUCUGUCCGUCAGGGAACUUUCUCCAGAAGAUUAUGUUGUAGAAAGGAUCCUGAGGGCCAUAGCCAAACGAGAGGGGCUGAUAUUAAAUGCCGGGGUCAGUCUGCACGGCAUGUUAUCUGGUUUGUCUAAAACCUCGAUCAGUGACAAGGCUACAGAUUUUGCUCUUCUUGGGAUUUCCCUGGCUUCCAAGUUUGCGAUGAUUGCAGCAAGAAAGUCUGCGAAAAUGUUGGUGUCGAAUGGGCUUCCAGAGCUGGCUGCGUCCAUGGGAGCCAAAGCUGCGGGCAAAGCAGUUGGACGGGUUGGAGCAGGAGUCAUCGGACUGGCUUUUUCAGUUCCUGAGUUGGUCAUCAACUGUGUCGACCUGAAAAACUCCAAGACUGAAGCCAGUGAGAGUCUGAGGAAGAAUGCUGGGGACAUAAAGAAAGCUUCUGACCAGAUGAAGAAGGAACUGAAAGAGAUUCAAAAGAUCUUCCGGAGGUUAGCCAAAAUAAAAUGCUGCAUUGAAACUAAGAACAAGAGUCGUGACGACAGGCAAACAUUGUUGGAGUUUGCAAAGGAAAGCUGCAAAGAUGAAGAUGUUCGACUUUGGCUCAGAGACAAUGCAGAAUCUGAGAUCUUCUCCAAACUGGUGGAGAUGUUUCAGUUCCUGAAGGAAAAGAUUGACGAGGAAGAGAAGAACAACCACAGCAAUGACGUUGACAUCACCUUUGUGGCUCAUGGAGCGAUCAGAGACUCCAUGAUGCCAGCCAGCUGUCUGCUGCCUCUGCCCACCAUCUCUGACGUUGUACUGUAUACUCCCUGGAACUGUUAUCUUGAAGCUAAUGCAGCGUAUGGUAUCGCCACAGGGAAACUUCAGCCUGUCCACAGAGAGUUUUACUGCUCACUUGGACGUAGCUGUAAGAGUCCAGAUGAAAAGCAUCAGCCUGAGAAGCUGCCCUAUAAGUGGAACUCCAUGAAGAAAGCUGGAAAUCAGAAGAUUCCUAACAUCAUUGUGUCUCCUUUGAGAAUACCUGAAGAUGGUGCAUGGAAGAGAAUUGAGUUCCUAGAAGACAAACAUGGUAAACCUGGAAGAAAUCGUAUCAUCAUCCCAUUAAUCCUCCCAUCCAUUGAUCCAAAAGAAGUUUUCCCGCUGCCUGUGGUCACCUUGGCUCUGUCACUGGUGCUCAUGUUCUCCAGGUUUCAGGCUGUACUCCACCUCACUGUCUGUCUGGGGAAACGAUCUAGAAGAUUGAAGCUGGAUGAAAAAGCUCUGAAGCAGCAGUAUUCCUGCACCAUUGACUACACAGGAAUGACAUCAUCAGAUAAGAUGUUGGCCUCCACCUUCUCCAGUGCUGAAGCUCAAGAGGGAGCACAUGAAAGGCUGACCAAAGCUUUUAAAGCUAUGUUUGGUUAAACGUAUGAGUGACAGAAGGAGGUUUUAUACAGAUAUAAAACAUCACAUCAUCAUCCUGUUUAGUUCCAUAGAGCCUUUUCACUGCCAAAAAAUUAACAACAGAAUUGAAUUACUAAUUUAAUUAUUUCUUAAAGGAGCAAUAAGUAAGAUACAUACUGUAAAAUCAACGUAAAUCAUUUCCAUUUGUCAGCUGGAAUAGAAAUAACAUUCCUUUUAAACAGUCGGUUCUCUCCAUCAACGUCUUAGUCGAGUCAUUCUCCCUUCAAACCUAGAGGUACGGUGCAGAACUACUUCGGUU